AAAAUGGAUGGAGGAAAUCAGUCCACAGUAUCAGAAUUUGUGUUUCUGGGACUUGUUCACUCUUGGAGUAUGCAGGUCUUACUCUUCAUGGUAUUUUUGAUACUAUACCUGAUCAUUGUAUCUGGAAAUAUUGUUAUUUUGACCUUAAUCAUCACUGACCCUCACUUCCAUUCCCCCAUGUACUUCUUUCUUGCCAUCCUGUCCUUUGUUGAUAUGUGGCUGUCCUCAGUCACCACUCCUAAGAUGAUUGCUGACUUUCUCAGGGAGUAUAAGACCAUUUCCUUUGGAGGAUGCAUGUGCCAGAUUCUAUUUGUCCAUUUAAUUACAGGAAGUGAGAUGGUGCUCCUGGUUGUCAUGGCCUAUGACUGCUAUGUGGCCAUCUGCAAACCACUCCACUACUCCACCAUUAUGAACCUACAAAGGUGCAUUGGGCUGGUGUUGACGUCCUGGACUGUUGGCUUUGUGCACGCCAUGAGUCAAAUGGCUGUGAUUGUGCAGCUGCCUUUCUGUGGCCCCAGGGAAAUAGACAGCUUCUUCUGUGACAUACCACUGGUGAUCAAGCUGACCUGCAUGGACUCUUCUGACUUGGGAAUAUUAAUGAAUGCUGAUAGUGGGAUUGUCGCUGUAACCUGCUUUAUCCUCUUGCUGAUAUCCUACACAUAUAUUCUUCUCAGUGUUCUCCAGAGCUCUAGAAUUGGUGCAUCUAAGACCCUCUCCACCUGCAGUGCCCAUGUCACAGUGGUGGUGAUCUUUUUUGUGCCCUGCAUCUUCAUCUAUGUGUGGCCACUCAACAUCACCUGGUUGGACAAAUUUCUUGCUGUGUUUUAUUCUGUUUUUACACCUCUCCUCAAUCCAGUCAUUUAUACACUGAGAAAUAAAGAGAUGAAAAGUGCUAUGAAGAGAUUUAGAAGUUACUACAUAGAUUCCAAAGGAAAUACAUAA